GUUUGCACUGCAACCGCCGCAACUGAUGCGGCGCUGUUGUUCUAACGUUAAAAAUGGCGGCGUCCACGUACUUGGAGCUUUUGAGAAAGCGCGGACACAAGCUGCAGGACGAGUUCGUGAACGUCUGCCAGGAUAAGGGCAAAAAAGAUGAUGACGGCGACGACUUCAGACAUACCAAACUGCUGGACGCUAUUGGGUCUUUGGGUGGGAAAAAGAAGGUUACCCCAAGAACCGAGCCCAGUCUUAAUGUGUCUGAGUAUGACCUCUCGCAAGCGGAGAAAGAGAAAGUGGCAGUGCAUCAGCUGCUCAUGAACCUGAAGCAGACGGAAAAGCACAGACAACUCAGAAGACAAGUGAGGGCCAUCAGCAGGAAUGCAAAGGUGCUGCCGACACCACUGCCCAAGCCUCAGCAGCACAGGGUGGAACGUCAAGUGGCCUACAACAAAGUGGAAGGGGAGGUCUCCCGCUGGGAUCCGGUCGUGAAGAAGAACCGUCUGGCUGAACAAAUCUGCUUCCCUCUCCAGCAGCCUGACAUGAGAAUGGUGCCGGCGGAACAGUUUGUAAAAAAGUUCCAGCCCAAGACUUCACUUGAAGCGGAAAUUAACAAGCUGUUGGCCAGCAGCGAAAAUGUGCUUCACGAUGACAAAGAGCUGACUCCUGCUGAGGAGAAAGCACUUCAAGCAAUGAGCCUGGAUGAGGCUAGAGAGAGACGCCAGGAACUGAUGAAGAUGAGGGCCCUCCUGUCCUACCAGGAAAUGAAAGCAAGGAGGCAGAACAAGAUAAAGAGCAAAAAGUACCAUCGAAUCAUGAAGAAAGAACGCCUCAAGAAGCAAAUGAAAGAGUUUGAAGAACUGAAAGAGAGCAACCCAGAGCUGGCCAUUGAAAAGCUCAGGGAACUUGAGAAGCAGCGUGUGCUGGAAAGAGUGUCUCUGAGGCACAAGAGCACGGGAAAAUGGGCCAAACAGCAAAUGCUGCGAAGCAAGUACAACCAAGAGAGUCGUGAAGCUCUGCUGAAGCAGCUGGAGAUGAGCCGGCAAUUGACCCACAAGGCCGCCGCGGAGGAAUCUUCCGAGAGCGACGGCGAUCCAAGUGCUGCGGGCGAAGCGGUAGUGAAGAACGGAGGGGAGCUUGAGGCACGCUUCUUCAGCUCUUCCAACCCCUGGCUGAAGAACCCUGCCCUCGGCAUAGCUAACAAGACUGAUGUCGACGACGAGCCUGCACUUGACUCUGAAAGCGAGAAUGGUGGAGACGAAAGCAUCGUCGAAGGCGUCUGCUCUAAUGGCGGAGAACCGACUUUGCCCCUUUUAGAACGGAAGAGCGAGGAAACCAAUGCUGCCGUAUCGGGUGCCGAUAUCGAUCAAGGCACAAGCGACUUUAUGGUUCCCGAAAAAGCGAAGAACUCUAGUAACGGAGCCGUCACGGGUUCAUCGGGGGCAUCAAAAGAGGAGUCAUUUUCAGAUCCAAACAAGGAAAGUCAUUCUCGGGAUAAGUCGAGCUUGCCUGGUACAAGCCGAGCCGCUGACAAAGUGGAACGUCGAAAGAAAAAGAAGGUUUCCGAUCGUGCGGCCGACAUCGAGGAGUUGUUCGACACGUUCAGCCGCAGGAAGCAGAAGAAAAAAGAAAGCCUCCUCAAGAAGCGAGGGUUCGAGGUUGAGUCGAGCACCGAACGAAAAACGGCCAAGGACCUGACGUCGUGCGAAGAUUCUGUUGCGGCCGAAGGCCCUUCGGAACAGUUGGACGAGGGUUUGGAGCGCAGGCAGACUCUCGCAGAUCUCGAAGCCUUUGAAAAGGAAAACACCCCGAAGCAAAAGAAGACGAGAGUCGCGCGAGACGAGCCGUCGAAGAAAACUCCAGUCGUGUCAGACAAGGUGGAAGUGGACCCGACCAAGUUCCUGCAAGUGAAGCAGACUUCGCUCAAGUCGCAGGUUCCAGACCUGCAGGGUGCGGCGGACGAAGCGCUGGACGACGAGGAAGGGGAGGAGGAGCAGGCGGUCACCAUUGCUGAGGCGUUUGCAGAUGACGACGUCAUCAGUGCAUUCCGGGAGGAAAAGAAGGCUCAGGUGAAGCAAGAUGCACCAGAGGUGAUUGACAACUACCUGCCGGGCUGGGGGUCCUGGGGUGGCACCGGCAUUAAAGUCAACAAGAAGAAGCGACGGAGGUUCUUGGUGAAGCCCCCACCGGCACCUCCGAGGAAAGACCGGACACUCGGGAAUGUGAUUAUUAACGAGAAGAACAAUGAGAAGUGUGCUAGCCACCAGGUGAAUUCGCUACCCUUUCCCUUCAACAAUGUUAGCCAGUUCGAAGCGGCGAUCAGCCACCCCGUGGGAAGCACGUGGAACCCUGAGACAGCCUUCAGGGACCUGACUGCCCCCAAGGUGGUGACCAAGCUGGGCCAGGUCAUCGACCCAAUCAACGCCGACUCCGUGGUGCUCAAGAAGAGGGCAGCCCAGAUGCCCGACAAGCUGCCCGAGAAGAAGCAGAAGCAGACAAAAAGAAAAAGAAAGUAGGCCCUUGUCUCCCUUUGCACUGGUUGUAAGUAAAGUAUGUUACUGGAUU